AUGGGUUCGGCCUCAUCGGCGCCAGUAUGGGGUAUAGACAUCUCACAGUCUACUCCCGUUACUUGCAACCGCUGGUGGGCUGGGCUGGCGCUCGGUGGAAAGCUCUAUGGGGUCCCAUGCAACGCUGAGCAUCUUCUGAUUUUUGAUAUUACCAGCAAGACUGAACCUCUACGCCUUGUGGAUACUCGCCGUAUUGCCACAGGCCCAGGGAAGUGGCGGUCUGCUGUAGCCAUAGGCGGGAAGCUUUAUGGUGUCCCCGAUCGUGCAGAGGCCUUGCUCGUCUACGAUUUCAACUCUGGUAAAGCAUCAGGGGUUGACACUCGUAAGCUGUCGCGGGGAGCUCUCAAAUGGCAGUCGACGGUUGUCAUGGCCGGGAAGGUGUACGGAGUUCCACAUCAUGCCAGUAAGCUUCUGGUCUAUGACCCGAAAGAAGAAUCCGUAUCAGGCAUUGACACCACUCACAUUGCGACUGGCAACUCCAAAUGGCUUGCAGGACUUGGCCUUGGUGGCAAAGUCUUUGGGGUGCCGUGCAACUCCGAUGUCAUUCUAAUGUUUGACCCGCUGUCCAAGAGGUGUACGGGAGUCCCGCAGUACUUUGCAACAGGUCCUUUCAAAUGGCUUUGCGCCGUAGCAGUGGCUGGCAUCAUGUAUGCGGUGCCCUGCCACGCAGAGUGCAUUUUGAUCUUUGACCCUGCAACAAAUCGGCUCCGUGGCAUUGACACUACUGCAAUUGCAACUGGACCGGGCAAGUGGGUCUCAGCUGUAGUCUGUGCCGGAAAGCUCUAUGGCAUCCCAGACCAUGCUGCAUCUGUUCUUGUUUUCGACCUUGCAUCAGAGGCAGUCACAGGGAUUCGCAUUGAGGGCGUGUCAGAUGUCAAGGGCAAGUGGCAAGCUGCAACCGUGAUGGGUGGCAAGAUCUAUGCCAUCCCUUACAAUGCGCAGGCCAUUCUUAUUGUGGACCCAGCGAUGGGAACAGCAACCUCUGUGGAUGUGACCAGUUUGGAGUCUGGCUCUGGCAAGUGGGGCUUUGCAGCCGCAAUAGGCGGGAAGCUGUGCGGAUUGCCGUGGGAUGCUUCCAACAUUCUUCUGCAUGAGCCCGGUGAGGAGGUGAGGGCCGCACAGGAGACAUCGCCAAAGGAGCAAGUUCGCAAGGAUGUGGAAAGCCUGCCCGAGGAGCCUGAGAUGCAGAAGGCUCAAGAGGAGGAGGAACCGCGAUUCAGCGGCACUCCAGACAUCUCUCUGGAGCUGGGCGAGAGUUUGAUGCAGGACUUCGUGGCCUCCUGGCUGAGCGAGUGGGUCUACUUCGUAGAUCCCGUAAAGCCAUCCGCGGUGCCGUUGCUGAAGGUGGGAGGAGAGCCGGUGAAGUUCCAGGUUCUGAGUGUCAUGGACGAUCCCAUGCAGGGCAGCCCGGCUCGCCUUGCUAUUGUCACUGCAGCGCUGCCAAAAACGCAAGCGGUGCUGUACUUGAUUUUCAAAGGGUCUUCCUUCAUGAACGACUUUGUGGCAAAUGCUUCUGUGGGACCAGACUACACUCCGUUUGAUGCAGCGUUUGGGGACCGCACGACCUUUAUCCACCACGGUGCUCAUCAUGCCAUUGCGCAAUUGCGUGUGCAGCAGUGGUCGCUUCUGCAGGAGCAGUUGGAACGUUGCGAAACUGAAGGAGUCCAGCGGCUUAUAGUCGCUGGCCAUUCCCUUGGUGGACAGUAUGCGCUGGCUUUCAUGCUCCAGGUUUUCUUGGAUAAUGCCAAAGGUGCUCCAGUCCAUCCGCUCUUGAGAGAGGCGCGCUCUGUUGCCUUCGGGGCCCCCAUGUGCUACGGGGCAGCAGAGGGCUUUGAUGUGCGCAAGGACUUGGCUGAUUUCAUUCAGCAGCGCACGGUGGUGUACGUGAAUGCAGGCGAUCCAGCACCAAGGUUGUGGUCCGAGAUGGACUUGCAAGAGUUCAUGCGGUAUGCAGUGUCCUGGCUACAGCAGAAGGUGUCUAGCUUUUCAAUGCGCAUCUUGGAUUAUGCUGCUGGCGGCUUGGCUCAGAAGGCGCAGGAGGUAUUGAAACGCCCGGACAUCGAGAAGCAUUUGUUGCGACCCGGUGCCUGCUAUGUCCAUCUUUCGCAGAUUCGUGUCCUCGCCAAGGAUUUCUUUCUGUGGAGGCCGCUCAGCUAUGCCAGAAUGAACAUUGAAGACCACAGCCUUUCCAAAGGCUACAUCCCGGCGCUGUGUGCUGCCUUCGAUCCAGUUGCUGCUGGUGGGCUGUGGGAUGAAAACGGCCAAAUGCUUGUGGACGAGGCUGGACAUGGUCUUCUAUGA